AUGAUUGGAAGCUUACUCUAUCUCACAGCUAGCAGACCAGACAUAUCUUUCAGUGUUGGAGUUUGUGCAAGAUAUCAAGCAACACCAAAGGAGUCUCAUUUGACAGCUGUUAAACGUAUCAUCAGAUAUGUUCAUGGUACUGCAGAAUAUGGAAUUUGGUAUUCAAAAGACUCCAACUCACAUCUUGCAGGGUAUAGUGAUGCAGAUUGGGCAGGAAACAUUGAUGAUAGAAAAAGCACUUCAGGAGGAUGUUUCUAUCUUGGUAACAACUUGGUUACAUGGUAUAGGAAGAAGCAAAGUUCCAUUUCACUCUCCACUGCAGAAGUUGAAUACAUUGCAGCAGGAAUUUGUUGUACUCAAUUGUUGUGGAUGAAGCAAAUGCUUGAAGACUAUGUCUUACAACAAGGGUUAUUGACUAUAUUUUGUGACAACAAAAGUGCAAUUGAUAUAUCAAGGAAUCCAGUUCAACAUUCCCGUACCAAACAUAUUGAUCUUCGACACCACUUUGUCCGAGAUUUGGUAGAAAACAAGACAGUUGUUAUUGAUUAUGUUGCAACAGAAAAGCAAUUGGCGGACAUCUUUACCAAACCCCUUGAUGCUACAAGAUUCGAAAAGUUGAGGCGUGAAAUUGGCCUUUGCCAAAUUUAA